CAUGUGACUGCCAAUAAUCACCCGACACCUCACCUCGCUUCCCUAUAUAUAUUCUUUAGUAGUUUCAUAAUACACAUACGCAUAGACACGCUCAGUGAAGCUUGUUGUCACCUGUGCCCGCCCUGUUCCUAGUCAUGUCCACCGCAACACGACAAACAUUCGCACCCGCCGUUGGUGGUAUGGCCCGAGCAGAGCGUGAUGUGAGUGCCUUAACCAAGCAGUACUCUGCUCGCGACCUUCCUUCACACAAACGACUCAAGUUCCGUGCCCCUGGACAGUCAACCAUCCAAGAACUCCACCACCGGGACUUCCGUCGCGAAUUGGAGGACCGGGAACGUGCCGGUGGAAGCGAUACACGAAAGAACGGCUUGACCAAACAGUACCCAGCUAGCGACCUUCCCUCACACAUACGAGUCAAGCUCCGUGCCCCAAGAGAGUUGACCAUCCAAGAAUUGAAGGACUGCGAACGUGCUGGUGGAAGCGAUGAACGCAAGAACAGUACUACUGGUGAAAGCAAAAAACGCAAGAGCGGCCCUACUGGUGGUAUCAACGAAUGGGGGGACUUAGAAAGUUCCUUAUCACCACCUUCCAAAAAGAAAAAGUACGACCAGAAUGUUUUAGACAAUUUAGAUGAGGACGAUGCCCAGGACGACGAUGACACCGACUCCGACGAGGAUUCUGACGAAGAAGAGCUCGUUCGCGAGCUGGAACGGAUUCGGCGAUUGCGUGUGGAGCAGCAGGAAAGAGAGGAACAAGAACGUCAGGUACGGGAAGAACGUAUCAGGAUAGAGACCAUCGUAUCUGGUAAUCCUUUACUGAACCUUGCCAAGGCCCCUGCACGGCUUCCAAUAGAAGUCAAAAGACGUUGGGAUGAAGAUGUCGUCUUCAAGAAUUGCGCUGCUUCAGAGCCACAAGGAAAAACCUUCAUUAAUGACACCUUACGAUCUGAAUUUCAUAAGCGUUUUAUGGAUAAAUAUUUUACUUAAUGUAGUUCUUACAUAAAAAUUGUUCGACCAGUUGGUAAGGGUCGAGUUUAAAAAAUGUUUUGUACUCUUUACAAACGUGAAAGAUUUAGAUUGAAAAUUAUUUUUUUAAACAAAGAGAAAGUCAUAUUCAAGCAUUAUUAAGAAGGUAAAAAAUUUUGUUUUAUAUUUUGCGUAUUUGUUUUAUAAUACUAUUUUAUUGUCUUUAUUCUAGUAAUGUAUAAAUUGUUUCGGUUUUCAUUAACUUGCUUCUUUCAAGUUUUACAGUUGAAUAUGAAAGUAAAUACAGCUGUAUAUUACGUAGGUUAUAUUACUGUACUGUAUAUGAAAUAGUUAUUUACUUAAAAUAAACUUUCAUUAUAAACAUGUGUUUCAUGUUCACUACUGGUGGUAUUUGAGUUUUGACAUUUAAUGUAUUUACCGCAUAUUAUGCAUCCAAAGGCUAGGCUGCAGUAUACUCAAAUACUACAAUUAUGAGUGACUUAACAGAAUACUUUGGCUGCCUGUGACUGUUAUCACUGCUUUCCAUGGUGGUGUGAAUUGUCUCUUGGGCAGAGUAAUACAUUCUGUAAUAACAUCAUACUUUAUAACAUUAGAACAUAAUGUACUCAUAUAUGCUCACUUCUUUAUAAUACAUUGUUCAUUACGUCCCACCUUUUGAACUGAGAGGAUUAAUUCAUUAGCUCCACCACCUCUCAUUAAUCUAAUGGCAGAGGCUACAUUUAUCUUUGAAAUUCUAUCCCCAAUACUUUUCAGAUUCAACUCCAUCCUCAUUAUCUCAAUCAUAGCAUUUCUUACAAAGAAGUUUUUGAAAAGAAAAGAAAUUCUAAGAAUUCUCAUGGCUUUAUUUUGUACCUUCUCCAACUUGCCC